AUGAUGUGGUAUUUAAUUUUAAUUACAAUUUAUUUUAUGCAAGAACAAUGUUCAUCAACAUUUUCACCAUUCACUAAUUUAUGUCUAUUAGUUCAAACAAAUUAUUCAUGUCGAUGUCUUAUUCCAAAAACACUUUAUUGUUAUAAUUUAAAAUUAGAUCAUAUUCCACAGUUACCAUUAUCAAAUAAAUUUAUUCAAUGGAAUAAUUGGAUAUUAGCAAAAAAUAAUUUUAAAUAUUUAUCAGCUCAUUCAUUUAUUGGUCAUACUAUUCAUACAAUUGAUUUAGAUUCAAAUUAUCUUUCAACAAUUGAUAUUAAUGCAUUUAUGGGUAUUAAUGGUUCAUCAUUACGUCAAUUAAUUUUAUCAAAUAAUAAUUUAAGUUAUUUACAUUUAUCUAUAUUUAAACAUAUACCCAAUUUACAAACAUUAAUUUUAAAUGGUAAUCGAUUACAAUCAUUAACUUUUACACAAUUAAAUAAUUUAGAAGUACUUGAAUUAGAUCAACAAAAGAAUGAUAAAGAUGAAUUUUUACCUAAUUUAUCAGCUAUAACAUCACUUUUAACAUUAAGUUUAAAAUUUAAUCGAAUAAAAUAUUUAUCAUCAUCACAUAUAUUUCCAUCAAGUUUACAAUCGUUAAAAUUAACGGGUAAUUUUAUUCGUCAUUUAUCAUCACGUUUAUUUCGUUUUGUACCAAAUUUACGAUAUCUUUAUUUGGAUUCAAAUAGAAUUGAAACAAUUGAUUCCAAUGCUUUUUUGGAUAUUAAAUAUUUACUUGAACUUAAUCUAGCUGGUAAUCGUUUUAAAACUAUACCAACAUAUUUUGUAUUAGAAAAAUUACCAUAUUUAAAAAUAUUUAAUUUAUCAUUUAAUCAACUAACUAUUCUUCUACCAAAUUCAUUUGAUACUCUAUUAAAUUUAGAAGAAUUAGAUUUGGGUCAAAAUCAAAUUUAUUCACUAUCAUCACAUACAUUUUGUACAAAUAAAAGUCGUUUUCAACAAUUAUCUGUUGAUUUAUCAUCAAAUUCAUUAACAACUAUUGACUAUUGUACAUUUUCAAAUAAGAAUAUUAAAUUUAUUAAUGUUGGUUAUUCAAGACAACUUCGUUGUUCAUGUUCAUUAGAUAAAUUAAAAUUGAUUGAUCAAAUUGAACUUAAAGGAUAUUGUAAUUCGAAUCAACAUAUUAUGUCAUCAUCGAAUCAAUUUGAAAAAUGUUUAAAUUGGACCAAUGGUGGAUGUAAAAAUAGUUGUGAACGUGAAACAUAUUUUUAUCCUCUAUCACAAAUUGAAUUAUUACCAACUAUUUCGUCAUAUUCAAACAUAAUUGAAUCAAAAACUAGUAAAAGUUGGCACUAUCAAACAAAUUUCAUGUCAACAUUUACUUUGUUGAUUUUUCAUUUUUCUAAUAUAUUUUAG